GUCUCCGGUGGCUGAGCUACUCGACUUUCUGUCCCCUCCCCCUCUCCCGCCCUUAUUUCCACGCGGGGCUGUCUUGGCCAGGCAGCUCUGCUCACUCUGUCCCUUUUGGCAGCAGAUCAAAGAGUUUUGAGGAAACGGUCGCCCUAGGCUAACUCUUCCCUUUAAAUUCCGAGCCCAGAGAGAUCCGCGCACAGCGGGUCGGGCCUGCACAGCCAUCCACGUGCCACAGCAGAGAGGUGUUCCGAGCGCAGCUCCACCGACGCCCCGCACCAGCGGACCCCUGAGCAGAAGUCCAUCCUCUGUCUCAGCUGCGCCAAAUUUGCUCCUCAGCCUCAGCCCCGGGAGCGUGAUCCCAGCACCCGAGAGCCAGAUGCCCGCCCACAUGCUGCAGGAGAUCUCCAGCUCCUAUGUGACCACCACCACCAUCAGAGCACCUCCAAAUGAGGGUCUCCAUGAUGGAGAACAAAAAUUGGAGAAGAUGUCCCUUUACUCAGCAGAAGAUAUCCGCCCUGAAAUGAAAGAUGAUAUAUAUGAUCACAGCUAUCAGGAUGCCGAGGGUCCCACACCCAAGCUUGAGUAUGUCUGGAGAAACAUCAUCCUCAUGGGCCUGCUGCACCUGGGGGCCCUGUAUGGGGUCAUACUGGUUCCCACCUGCAAGUUCUACACUUGGAUCUGGGCCUGUGUGUACUAUUUAAUCAGUGGCCUGGGCAUCACAGCAGGAGCUCAUCGCCUAUGGAGCCACCGAACUUACAAAGCGCGGCUGCCCCUGAGGCUCUUCCUGAUCAUUGCCAACACCAUGGCAUUCCAGAAUGAUGUUUAUGAAUGGGCCCGAGAUCACCGCGCCCACCACAAGUUCUCAGAAACACAUGCCGACCCUCACAACUCUCGCCGCGGCUUCUUCUUCUCUCACGUGGGUUGGCUGCUGGUGCGCAAACACCCAGCUGUCAAAGAAAAGGGGGCGACCCUGGACCUGUCGGACCUAAAAGCUGAGAAGCUGGUGAUGUUCCAGAGGAGGUACUACAAGUCCGCUGUUCUGUUGAUGUGCUUCAUCCUGCCCACACUGGUGCCCUGGUUUUGUUGGGGUGAAACUUUUGCACACAGCUUGUACGUCGCCUCUUUACUGCGAUAUACCAUGGUGCUUAAUGCCACCUGGCUGGUGAACAGUGCUGCCCACCUCUAUGGAUACCGCCCCUAUGACAAGAAUAUCAACUCCCGGGAGAAUGUCCUGGUUUCCCUGGGAGCUGUGGGCGAGGGUUUCCACAACUACCACCACACCUUCCCCUAUGACUACUCUGCCAGUGAGUACCGCUGGCACAUCAACUUUACCACGUUCUUCAUCGACUGCAUGGCUGUCCUCGGCCUGGCUUAUGACCGGAAGAAAGUAUCCAAGGCCGCUGUCUUGGCCAGGAUUAAAAGAACUGGAGAUGGAAGCUAUAAGAGUGGCUGAGUUUGAGGUUGUCCAGGGUCCUGUUCCAAAAUCCAGUAGAGGUUUAAUGUUCUGUUAAUUAACUACUGAGUAAUGCUACCUGGAUGCUAAAGAUGAUGACCUUAACACAUUCUGGUUCAGUAAAUGACAAGUACUGAAGGGCAACAACUCCCCUCUUUGAUGCUAAAACAAUGUUCAUUUCUUCUCUCUUUAUUUCCAUUGUCCUUUUCUUUGCUUGGUUCCUAUCAUCUUCCUUUGUCUUCUCCCUAUUGCCUCCCAGGCAAGCAUCUGGUCAGCCGCAGGUCGGUGUCCAAUGAAAAGCCUAGCAAUCUUCCAAGAGCUUAAAAGCAAAGAAAGGAUUUACUUCAGAUACCCUCAUGUUUGAUCUCUCCUGAACUUUAAGGCAGGUGGCUCCACUUAGCUAUGCAACAAAAUCUUCUCAAAAGUGCUCAUUAACUGUCAUCAUACACUUUGCUAGGUGGAAGAUGAAAAUAACUAUUUAUCAUAGAGCUUGCAAAGUAGGUCAUUCAUCAGGGGAGAGUGAGCAUGCUGGAUAUUAUUUCUAAGUAAGGGUGUGGUUGAGGUGGGAAAGUUCUUUUUGUAGUCAGACCCAGAUGCCUACCUAGCAGAGACCUGGAGCCUCUCCACCCAGUAUGCAUCCUUUCUCUCCUGACUGAUUAGGGGAUGGCCAUGCAGGUUGGCAAUGUUAGAUAACAGCAGCACAUCUUAAUGUCUCAAUAUAGUUUAGACUGAGGAUAAAUGGGAAGCAUAUAGUUCUUAGGAAAAGUGAUCUCUUCUGGGGAAAAAAAAAUUCCCCCUGUAUUAAGGAGAUUUGUUAUUUUAUAGAUGAAUGAGUUGUCGACUGUGUCCGGAAGUGAUGGAUACAGCAAGAGCUCAUUGAGUUGUGAGGAUUUCGUGAGCUGCUUGUCCAACUUCUUUCAUCUUUCUCUGUGCUAUCUUCAGGAUUUUGGUCACUGCCCUUGUAGUGAUAGGAUGGCUGUGGCAUUUCCAAACAUCCAACAAUGGAAAGAUUUUUAGCAGGUGAAUUUGGAUCAGAGUUAAAUGUGUAUAGUCAUAAUUUGUAUUGCAGCAUGAAAAUAUUCACUGGGAGUAUUUCCCUCUGAAAAAGAAAUGCUAAAAAAGCUUGAAGGAGAAGAGGAGCCCAUUGGUUUACCCAUUCCUCCCACUGCUGGGCAGGAGAUGGACAGUUGGAGGGGCAGGGUCUGUAGGCAGCUCCUCCGAGAGAUCACUUUCCGAAGGAAGAGCUCUGACAGCACAUUGCCCAAGGGUUCAAAAGUCACUGAGUGAUUUAUUGGGUGUUCUAGUGAACUGAGUUAGAUAGUGGGUCCUCCACUACAAAGCAGAGGCCUGCAGUUCAAAACACCUCUAUAAAGAGAAGCCUUCAUGUCGGUGGAAUAAAACAUAGGCUUCCUCCCCCAGUGUUGUACCUUUUCAUGCAUCCUUGCUUUGUGACCAUCAGAUUGCAUAUAGGACUGCCUGGGUGGGACAGGAAUUUCUUAACUGUUUCUAGUUUUCUGGCUCUACUCCAUCUGUCAUCUUUCCUCUGCUGGUUCACUCUGUUCUCCAAUGUUUUCUUCUUUGUCUGAAGAGUCAGCCUCCUAUGUCCAUUUAGGGAAGUGAGAACUUGCUAUCUAGGCAGCUCCCUGUCCUGUGGACACAAAUCUCAUGAGCACAGAACUAUUGUUUCUCUUUAGCAAGGAGAGCUGACUGUCUCUUUGCUGGUCUCCAGAUCCUCUGUGCCUGUGCCACACUGAUAACUUCAGAAAGUUUAGCGAAUGCUCUAGAAAUAUUCCUGGCUCAGACAGCUUCAGUCUCCUGUGAAGCCAAAUGCCCACCAUACCAGUGAGCCAAUCUCAGAGGAAAGCAGGGUUAGAAGUCAGUCUCCUCUCUCUGGGUUGGAACAGAGAGCAUGCUCAGUGCCUCCUGCAUAUUCAGUAAGACUGCUUGCUCCCAGGGGAGCAAUCAAUCCUUGUAGAAGGAGGAGGAUGCAUAGUCUUCACUGGGAAGCACAAGAAAUAAGGGCAAGUCCCAAGUGCCUCAUUUUGAAAGGGGGCCCCAGCCUGGAGCCAGAGUCUGCUGUAAACCUUUGGCUGAAAUGUGGGAUAUGAGAUGCCAUGAACUUUGCUGAAAAUAUUUGUGUCUGUUCAGCAAACUAAUCAACAUCCCCUACCACACAACCUAGGGCAGAAAGUAAGAUAGAAGAAGUCUAGAAAAACACAGAACACCACUAUUUGAAGACUAUGGACCUGUCCUGCCCUAAACCUCAGUCCUUAAAGCAGAAGCCUGACUCUGCUCUACCAGGAUCAGCAAUGUGCAAUCCCAAAUGCUCUGUCCACUGAGAUCUAGCCAUGGGAGGAAGCAGGGCCUUCCAGCCUGCAGUAAGGCAACUUGUCCUUAAGCUGUUCAUUUUAGUAGGAAAUCACCUUAUGAAGAGCUGCCUACUCUGUGCCUAUCACCGGAAAUGUCUGUUGAAUGGUUUUAAUUCUACAGGUCAUCAAAUGUCUGCUUGAUAAUAUAUAAACAAUAAACUCAACCUUUCUCUUUUCUUCUCAUCCUGUUCCAUGGUUCUGAUCUAUGCCAUGUCCCUACACACAUGGGUAUGGUGACCUCAGGGUGAGGUCCCCAGUAACUCUGUAGGGGCACGCUGGUUCAAUAAGAACACUCUUCAAGAUUCUAAAGCUCAAUUCAAGUGACACAUUAAUGAGAAACUCUCAUCAAGAGUUAAUUACUCAAUCCUUGCCUUGUGGGUGUGCUCACAACAGAUUUGGGUGCCUUACUUCUUUUCUAAUCCUGUGGUUAUGCUCCUCCUGGUUCCCUCUGAGCAGUCCUUUACCCCUGAGAGCCUGCAGCAGUGCCCUAAAUCAAUAGAAGCCUGGCUAGAGUGUUAUCAGUGAAGAGACUUGAAGGAUUCCCCUCUAAGUUUCAUUUUAAAAGCCUUUCUUAGGAAUGUUUUUAUUAAGUGCCCAAAUUUGAAGGAGAGUAGAAGCAAUUUGAAUGUAUUUGACAUUUGAAACAUGGAAUGGUGGUAGUAGCAUUUAUAGUGGAAAGUAUGCUUGGUUUGCUAAUAUCUUCAGUGUACUGUAUGUAGCUCAAAGGGGUAAGUCUAAAAGGUAAACAAAGCAAGGUGACCCUGUUACACUAGUGGGCAAAGUCUGGGCCUUCUAACCCGGUGCCACCAACUUGCUGUGUGACCCUUGCUUUUAUAACAAACCCACUCCCCAGACAAUGUCAUUAAUCCAUUCAGAGCCCUCUUGAGCUAAUCACCUCUCUUUAAAGUCCCACCUCUCAAUUUGUUGCUUUGGGGAUUAACAUUCCAACACAUGAACUUUGAGGAGGAAUGCUGAAAUUGUUGCACUGGACAAAUCACUCAGUUAUAAUGUGCCUUGCUUUAUCUUCUGUUAAAAUGUGGUAUGAUAAUAAUACUGACCUACCUCAAAGGACAGUUUUGAAGUAUGACUAAAGCCUAUUAUUAAGCAUUUUGGGAUCUUCAGAGGAAUUCUCAAGCCCCACAGACUUUUCUAGUAGCAGUAUCCACCACAAACUUGAUAUGCACAUAUGUCUGGAUGUCAUUAUUAGCCUACAUGGUUCUCAGAGAUUAAAUGCAGCCAUUGGAGAUGGAUGUGUCUCUUAUGCAGGGUACCUUUUCUUUGCCUGAGUGGAUUGGGUUUUUUUCUCUUCCCAUUUUAAUGUGAGAUAGUAGUUAUUGGUUACCUAAGAAUAAUUUUGGAAUAUCAAGUCUGAAGCUAGUUGUACUGAUCCGAGAUUAUGUUUGUUAAUAAUAAAAGUGAAGUGAUUCUGA